UAAAAAAGGAGUAGAACGCCAGAGAGCAAGAGAGAGAGAGAAGAGUCCAAAAGGUGGGGAAGAAGAGGCCAAAAAAACAUAAUUAAGCAAAGCAGUUACAAAAACGGCAAGAGCGGGUUCGCAAGUCUACCCUACGCCACCUACCGGCUCCGUGAAACACGGCUCACGUUAGCCUCCCCUUAACCAUGAUGACCAUGACCUCGGUGGCUUCAUCCCCGAAACCAGCCGCUUUUUCUCUUUUUUAUUUUCCACCGAUACAAAUAUCAUUAUUACCCCACGUGUCGUCCACGACGGUGUGCCCCCACCACCCGCCUCCGCCACCACCGCUUAAGGCUUUCUUCCUUAAUUAUUACCAACUCUUCUGCUAAUGUACGCUUCUAUCUAACCUUAUCCUCCGCCACCAACCCUUUUAACCUACGCAUCUCCUCCACUCUCUCUCUUUUUCCUCUCUCCCUUAUCUCUUCUCGAUAUUACGUGAUAUCGCCGCCGCGAAUAGCCAUCCAUCCGCAUCACAGCCUUUUUCUCUUCCUUCACGAGAUCUGAAUUUUUCUUUCCUCAGAUUUUGAUAUUUUUCAUCUAUACCGUUCCAUGUCCGAUCCGGAUUCUCCGAUGAACCACGAUCCAAUUCCGGAUCCAUCACCGGUUCGGAUCCAGUCGUCUCCACCGUCAGCUCUCGUCCCGCCAUCAUUAUCAUCUCCCGCUCAAGACGAUGCCUCAGCGGAACCGGUUUCCGUCACAGAUCUGAAGAGCGCCUCCGUCCCCUCCGCCGCGUCUAAGAACUCUAGGCGGUUACCUCCGCCGUGCUGGUCGCUUGAAGAGACUGUCGCGCUAAUUGACGGGUACAGAGACAAAUGGUACGCUCUGAACCGUGGAAACCUCAAGGCGAAUCACUGGGAAGAAGUCGCAGAAGCGGUUGGUACUAGUUGCCCGGACGUGACGCCGAAGAAAACAGCGGUUCAGUGCCGUCACAAGAUGGAGAAGCUUCGUAAAAGGUACCGCACAGAGAUCCAAAGAGCUAGAUCUGUGCCGGUGGCGAGGUUUAUAUCGUCUUGGGUUCAUUUUAAGCGGAUGGAAGCUAUGGAGAAUAGACCAGAGAUCAUCAAACAAGGUAACGAAAGUGGUGACGACGAGGAUCACGACGACGACGGGAAUUACACAGCUCGGUAUCAGUUUAAAAACGGCGGAGGAGGAGGUAGAGGAUCAGUGGCAAGGACGACGCCGAGGUUCUUUAAUAGGAAUGGUACGGCUGGAUCUGGUAGUAGUAGCGGCGGAAUUCGAAUUCGGAUACCGACUGGAGUGAGUGUAGCACAGCCAGGUCCGAGAUUUCCCGGUAAGAUCGAUCAGAAAUACACGGCGAGUCCGAGUUCCGGGAUGAGUUCAAAUCCGAGACCUGGUCGUGGUUUAGGAGCAGGAGCAGGAGGAGGAUCUAGUUACAGUGCUAGGGUUGGUAGAAUUCCUGAAGGAGGAGGAGGAGGGAAGCGAGGGAGAGAGAUGAUGAUGAAGACGGAGGAGGAUGAUGAUGAUGAUGGUGGUAAUGAUCCAAUGGUGGAGAUAGCGAGUGCGAUUAAGCUGCUUGGAGAUACGAUGUUGAGAACAGAGCAGACGAGAAUGGAGAUGACUAGAGAGAUUGAAGCGAUGAGGAUGGACACAGAGAUGAAGAGGACGAAGAUGAUAUUGGAAUCGCAACAACGAAUCGUGGAAGCGUUUUCUAAAACCAUUGCAGAGAAUACGGAGGAGACGAUGAAGAAGAAAGCAAGAAGAAUGGCUGCUGCUGACUCUCUUGAUUGAUAGUAGAAGACUUCUAAAAGGCGCCAUAAAAUUAUGUGUUCUCAAAUUUUCAAUUCUAGGGUUUCUAGAGAAAUCGAUAGAGCUUUUAUUAGCUCAUUGCAUCUUUCUAACACUAAGUAAUGUAUCCUGCUGCUUAAUUUAUGUAUGUUGUAUUAUAAAGUGUAUAAAAUUGGGAGUUCCUCAGUA